UCUCUGUUGCUGCUGCCGCUCCUCCUACAGCCGCACUGUUUAAGUAGUCCGAACACGUGGAGGCACAGCGCAGUACGUCACUGCUAGCUCCGCCCCUCACGUCCCAGCUCAACCUAGUGCGGUAUGCUCACCCUGUAGCUGCCCGAAGAGAACGAACAAUUGUGCUCGGCUUUGUACUUAAACUUAGUUCCACUUACAUAACGCGCUUUUGACGCUAAGAAUGGCUUUUGCGACCUCCGACACGUCUGAACAAGACUCCCCGAAUCACAGCAAACAAAACGGCACUACAAACGGCGACGAGAAAGACAAGGGCCUCUGCGCUCCGGAUCAGGAACCGGCUGAGAGCGAGUCUGUAAAGAUGGACGAGAAUGGCGAGCACGUCGAAGACAAACACACGACUUGUAACGAAUCGGAGGAAACCCCCUCUACCGAAAAGGCACAGAGCGGGGACAGUCAGGGAGAAAAGGAAAUGGACACUGAAUCUGAUGUAUCGAUUCGCAAAAGCGCCAGUAGUAGCGAUUGUUCGACAGACGUGACGGGGGAGCUGAAGCAAGAACAAAGAGAGGAGAACGUGUCCUCACCACCCGAAAGCGCCACGAGUAAAGUUGAAGAUGGAGCUGAGAAAAACAGCAGAGAGCUGAAACGCAGAGCCAGUGUAGAGAUGUCAUCGUCUGAUGGAGAACCACUUAGUCGCAUGGAUUCAGAAGACAGUAUUAGCAGCACGCUAAUGGAUAUGGAGAGCACAGCAUCCAGUGGGCGCUCCACACCAGCGAUGAUGAACGGCCAUGGAGGAGCAGCUUCAGCAUCAGCCAAAGGUUCAUCAUAUCCCUGUUGUUGGGACCAGUGCCCACUGCUCUUCACCAGCAGCCCAGACCUUGCUGAGCACAUCCGCUCAGUUCAUGUGGAUGGUCAGCGUGGAGGGGUGUUUGUGUGUCUGUGGAAGGGGUGUAAGGUGUAUAAUACGCCCUCAACUAGCCAGAGCUGGCUCCAACGACAUAUGCUGUCCCACAGUGGUGACAAACCUUUUAAGUGUGUAGUGGGUGGUUGCAAUGCCACAUUUGCUUCUCAGGGAGGGCUAGCUCGCCAUGUGCCUACACACUUCAGCUCUCAGAAUUCAUCCAAACUAUCCAGCCAAGCCAAACUAAAGGAAGAGUCACCUUCUAAAGCAGGCAUCAACAAACGCAGAAAGCUAAAGAACAAGUACAGGAGAUCAUUGCCACGCCCACAUGACUUUUUUGACGCACAGACGAUGGAUGCCAUCCGUCAUCGUGCCAUCUGCCUUAAUCUGGCAACCCACAUUGAGAGCCAGGGCAAGGGCCACAGCGUGGUGUUUCAUAGCACGGUCAUUGCAAAGCGGAAGGAGGAGUCUGGAAAAGUAAAGGUGCUGCUUCAUUGGACUCCAGAAGAUAUUCUGCCAGACUCUUGGGUCAGUGAGAGUGACCGGCCACAGAUGAAGACUAAAGUGGUGCAUUUAUCCCAGCUGCCCCAGGACACAGCUGUGCUACUGAUCCCCAAUGUCUACAGGAUGUUUUUCUAGGAGGUGGAGAGUUCUUUGACUCGUUGCCUGCUGACGUUCCUAAACUCAAGUGGACAAGUGGAUCUGUAGAGGCAGGAGUAACAGAAAACCCUGCUUUUCCCCCAUUAGCUCUUACUGCUCCUUUUCAGUGCCCAAAGUCUGCCAAAGCAUGCAGUGAAAUUGAUAUGUUUUUUCAUCCCUUGAAGAGGAAAAAGUUGCACAAUAUCAAAACUCUGACUGGUGCUACUUUAAAAUACUUUUUUUUUUAUGAUUAUACUACUGUAUAAUUAGAGAUGAAUUGCUCUGUCUUUGUCCACAGCUUUCUCAGCUUUGUAGAAAUCCUAAAGAUUAAUUUGUUGGGAAAGAGCCCAUGUAAAUAUUCUUGGAGAUUUGUAAUAUAUUUUUGUACUGCAAAAUUUUACUGUACUGUAGAUGCCUGUAAUAUUUGAACACAUUUAAGGAAAUGAUUACUGCACAGAGUGGUAGUGUGGGAUAGCUGUUUAGUAUAUAAUUAUUUGAAUGACUACAUAGAGUACUUCUCACUGCAGUGUUUAAAUACUGCUACUGUAUUCUGACAAUAAUAGAAGAGAAUGAUGUUCAUGUGUGUGAAUUUUUGUGACCUUAUUCUAUCUUUAUACAAGCUAAGGACCCUAAAGAGAUCUCAAAGAAUGGUGCUACAGCUAACACUAGCAUUUUAGACUUGUAGAACAAUUUUCUGGUUAAUAAUAAAGGUGCUCUGUAGUCUAUGGAGUAAAUCAGCCCAAUCUACUGUUGAAUCCUCACUCUUUUUUAUUUGUAGUAAAAACAAAAUGAUGCAA